AUGGUUGGCAUUAAUGCUUCAAUUGCUAUCCAGGCAGUUCUUCUUGUCUUGUCCUUUAUCGUCCUUCUCCUCCGCGGCUGGGCGCGCAUCCUCUCCCACCAAUCCAUCUUCACACCGACCGAUCUUUUUGCCUGGGCAGGAUGGAUAUUUACACUGGGAUGGUUUAUAUGCUCGACAUUAGCCCUUCGAAUCCUCAUCGAUAACCCUGCAUACACCACCGAGCUCCUCGUCGAUUCGGAAGAAUACCUCAAGAUUGUCUUUGUGGCGCAGUACUUCUUCGACAUUGGAAUCUACCUCCCCAAGAUUUCCAUCACCUUGUUUUACUGGAAUUUGAUACCGAGAAUUUCGGGACGAUUGAAGAACGCAUUGCUGGCAGUUUCCGUCUAUCUGGGCUGCUGUUUUACUGCGACAGUCCUUACCGACACCCUCAUAUGCCAGCCCAUCACUGAUAACUGGUCUAUUCCAAACCAACUCAAAUCAACAUGGAACUCGUAUGCUGCCUUUGUCAUUCAAUGGGUUCUGAACUGGUCUACAGACUUGGUCGCGUUUCUCUAUCCCUUCUUCCUUCUUAAGCACAUUGCACUUCGCAAGGAGCAGAAGCUUGCCCUUAUUGGUGUGUUUUCUCUGGGUGCCAUCACCCUCCUAGUCAGUCUUUCACGAUUCAUCGCAUAUAAUGCGACUGAUUUCGAACUCGAAGACGAGUCUGGCAACAUCCUGUCCACUGCCGAGAUGAGCACAGCGAUCAUAGUCGUUUGCCUCCCCGGUCUUCGAAGGUUCAUCUCACGGGGUAAAUCACGUGAACAAUCGUCAGGGCCAUCUAGCGACUACGCUCAAGGAACAGCCAAUAAUGGCACACAGCGAACACGGCAUCCACCAUCAGCUUACAAAAAAUGGGGAGUGAGGGAUGAUGAGAUCGGAUUAGUUACUGAGAUUCGUGGUGGUAAUUCAACCGAGCUGACCGAUGUCGAGCGUAACAGCGAUGGAAAGAGUGUGUUUGUGACACAUAGCAUAACGUCCAGUACAUAG